AUGAAAGAUUUCGAAAAAUCGCACGGCGCGCAGGCGGAGUGGAACAAGCCGCUGACGUCGUGCGCGCGGCAGUGGCAGCGCGCGUGCGAGAAACUUCUUCACCGAUUGAUGCAGGACAAGAAGAAGUCCUGGUGUUUCAAAGAGCCCGUGGACCCGGUCGGUUUAGGCAUCCCGGACUACCCGGUGAUCAUCAAGCAUCCGAUGGAUCUGGGCACGAUCGAGACGAUGUUGAAGAAGGGAGAGAUCAGCGCCCCGGACGAGUUCAUCGCGCUCGUGCGGACGGUGUUUCGGAACGCGUACGUGUACAACGGCACGGACGAUCCGUCCGGGGUGAGGGACACCGCGCAGAAGGCGAGCUUGUUCUUCGAGAAGGAGAUCGCGAAGAUGUGA